AUGCACUGCAAUCAACUCAACCUGAUUGGCGUACUGAUGCUCUUGCCUGCCGUCCUGGCCAUCCCUCGAACGCCACCCAUCAACCAAUGGGUCCAGAGCUGUCGCCACAAUGAAGUCACUUGCUUCGACUGCAGAGACGUUGUCCUGAGUGCCCAAGGUAUAUUCCAGCCUGGCGCGGGCGAAAUGUUCAUAGCAGGCGCGUGCCAAGACUUGACCGCCUGCUCCUGCGCAAGAUCUGGUACAAAGACCGAAACGUGCAAAGAUUACGAUUACCUGGUUGAAGGUGGCUUGUGCAGACAUUUCGACAAGCAACGCGCCUUCUGCCAGAGCAAGGGUUACCCCGUUUUCGGGUCAAACUUCUGCCCCGAGAACGAAGCAGAUGGUAUCAUCACAGAUAUUGAUACAGAUUCGCCCUAG